GCCAGACCGCCGACGAGUCGAUUUCACGUCGGCGCCGCGGCUCGAGGGGCGAGCGGGAACGUGUACUUGGGGGUGAACGUGGAAAUCAGCGCGGUACCGCUGAAUCACUCCAUACACGCGGAGCAGUUUGCGCUCGUCACGGCGAUGGCGAACGAGGAACGGAAAGUAGAAGCCAUCGCGACCACGGAGGCGCCGUGUGGACACUGUAGACAAUUUAUGAAUGAAUUACGCGACGCCGGGGGCUUGCGGUGCGUGACGAGGAAGUGGCGGUCGCCGCUGGCGGAGCUUUUGCCGCACGCGUUUGGGCCGAUGGAUUUGUUAGACGACGGCGAGGACGAGAGCGCGAGAACGCUGCUGUUGGAAAAGUCGUGGGUCGAUGAUUCUGGUAUGAACGCACAAUUCGCUACGUUAGCUUACCGUCACGGCGACGACUGGAACGCGCUGGUGCCGCUCGCGCUCGAGGCGAUGCGUAAAGCGUACGCGCCUUAUAGCUCAUCGCGCGCUGGUAUUGCGAUCAAAACGAGCUGUGGUGGAGUGUUCGUAGGAUGGUCGCUGGAAUGCGCCGCGUACAAUCCGUCGAUGAGUCCGUUGCAAGUCGUGUUCGCUCGAAUGGUGGCACAAGGAAAAGACUUGUCUUCGAUCGAGCAGUGUUUGUUGCUCGAGUGCCCCGGCGCGCACGUCAAGUACGAUUGCACGGUGAGGUUAACUUUAGAAAAGAUAGCACCGAAG